CUUUGUGUGUUUUCAAUGGGAUUUAUUAAAGUAUACACCGGCAUCGUAAAAAUACACGAGCUAUAGGGGGAAUACGGUAAUGGUACACACCUUUCACGUGCGUGUUCCCCUUUAUUUUUGCAUCGAUAUUUUUCGGUACAGAGUACACUGAACCCACACAGCGUAGCUCAAUCAAUUCACGAGAAAAGCGUAUAGGCUACCACCCUACGGGGGACAGUGGGGGGGCUUUUUUUCGCUCGGUCAUUUCUCAUGACUCCCGCCGAAGUCCGAACGAACGAACGAACGAUGAAGGUCUGCUGUGUGCAGACUACGUAACAGCUCAGUAACAGGGCCGCUCUUCAGUUGUUUCCUUACUCUCGCAGCUGAUUGGUCGUUGCCUUGUUACUGCGAGACUUAUCACGCCAUACAACAACAAAAAAACAUAUAACGCUAAGCUACAUAUACCCCUUUCGCUUGUCGUCGUGCUCGUGGUCACUGUGUCAAUUCUCUAUACAUGUUAUUCCCAUUUAAUAAUAUUUUCAACUCGAGGUUUUGAUCGGGGAAAUCUAUACGCACUCGCUUCAGUUGGAUGGAAAUGCUAUCUGGUGAUCGCUCGUGUGGGUCAUGAUUCUCGCUACUCAUUCUAAGAUGGCUGAAGAAAUUGAAGAGUGGAGCAGCAGGUUACGUUUCACAGGUGCAUGUCAGACGGGAAAUGAAACCCCAAAUGAACUUGAUCUUUCUCACAAUCUGGACGAGUCUUCUGACCUGCCCUUCGAAGGCAUCAAGCAGAAACGCAGGAUGUUGGAGAAGAGAGUUUCUUUCCCUUCUGACGAGACCCAGUUGGUCCAGAACCUAGAGCCCACAGUUCCUGACGUUCCAGAAUGUAUCCUUACCGAAGAAGAAAGUGAUAUCAACAUUGUUGCUGCAUACACCUCUUCGUGCAAGAAGAACGAGGCUGAACCUGUUGAGCACAUUAUUGAGCAGUUAAAGACUUUGGACUUGAGUCGUCCACGCUCGGCCAGCCUCACGUUGCGAGGACGCAACUUGAAUUCCCAUGACUGUGAAUCGUUGGAGGAUGUUUUGAAAAAUGUUCCUCUGAAACUCUUGGAUAUUGGAGAUGCCCACUCCAGUGAUGAUGGUCUGAUUGCAUUGUUCGACAUGAUCGAAUUUUACGAAGCAGCCACCCAUGUGAGCAUCGCCUCCAACAAGAACAUGACCAGCAGGGGCUGGCAAGCGUGCUGUCGCAUGAUCAAAAGGACCGAGUGUUUGGAAUGGCUGGACGCAGCUCAAGUUGGGCUAUCGGAACACAGCUCAACUUUACUGGCCAGGGCACUGAGAUCCAACUCUCGCCUAAGGGUUUUGUACUUGAACGAUUGUGGUCUCACCGGAAGGUCGCUUGCCAUCAUCGCAAGUUCAUUGAAAAUGAACCGGAAUCUUCGUGAGCUGCACCUGGCCGAAAACAAAUUAACGCCUUUCGACGCCUUACAGCUUGGUAUUUUGUUGACUGGAAAUUCGUCACUUCAGCACGUAGACUUGAGGAACAACGAAAUUUUAGAUAAAGGAAUGGGUUACAUUUGCGAUGCUCUGUUGGAUAAUGUUGGACUGAUCUCGCUUGUCGUCUGGAACAACGGUAUCACUCACGAAUCGUCUCCCGCUCUCGCCAAAGUUUUGGCAACUAACCAGACUCUGCAAACACUUAAUUUGGGUCAUAAUAAAUUAGGCGACGAAGGAAUUAUUGGACUCAUUCCAUCUGGAUUGGAGCGCAACCGUUGGCUUUUGCAUUUGGGACUCCAGGAGAACGGACUGACGUGCCCAGGGAUCAUUUCGCUGUCCGAAUCGUUGGCUACUGGAACGCAAUUGAAACGGGUUGAUUUGCGUAAAAACCAGAUCGCACUGGCAGGAUUGAUGGCCCUGGCUGCUGCUCUCAAACAUUGUCCGACCAUCAACCAACUGGACUUGGAUCCCAUCGAUCCUCCUCCUUCUACUACCUCCGGCCACCAUCAAAAUGCUGCCGAGUAUCAGCGUCUGAUUGAAGAGAUCGCCACUUGCUGCACAUCUCACGAGACUGAAGCCAACGACAGUGACACUCUGUCCAGCCUGCCCAGUGAUCUCAACAAGCGGUCCAGCAACAAUAAAGAAGCCAAUGCUGAUGAGGUCAUGUCUCGCAAAAUCUCGCUCACUUGUCUGGUCCCGCCGAGCGAUAAGCAGCUGCUCCUCCCAUUGAAUAACAAAGAAGAUGAUCAACAGCCCAGGCGGAAACUUCGCAGUCCAUUGCCCAGCCCUUCGCCCAGUCCGUCACCCAGUCCACUGCCUUCACCCAGCGGAGGAAGAUUUAAGGUAACUCGAGUGGAUGCACCGAGUCAAUCGCCUUUACCUUCCCCACGCUCCCGUUUCACCGUCACUCCAGUGGCUGUGACAACUCCCGAAAUUGAACUGCCAGACACGGGUGACUCUGCUCCUGCUCCUGGUGGAGUGCACUCAUCCAAUAACAAUGCCGAUAGCACCAAGGAAGAUGCUUCAACUGCCACCGAUUACACCAGUCUCAUUCGUAGUUCUCCCAGCAAAGUUAUCGUCGGUUUUGACGUUUUAACCACCUGAGCUCCACCCUCUCUCAUUGCAAAACAAUACCGGUUCCCCAUUCUUCUUUUAUUAUCACACACGUACAUGGUCCAUCUGUUGACACACAGAUUUAUAUUCUAUACAUAUACUUAAACAAAUUAUAUUUUGGAGGACAGACAACAACAACAACAACAGUACCAAAACAAAAUAACCCGGUGGUUUAUUUUUCGAUACCUUUUCUUUUUUUUCCCGAUAUCCAUUUCCGCCAUUCAACCUAACCCCCCCGAGUUGUUGACCAAAAAAUUAUGAAUCCCUUCCUCUUCUUGUUAUACAUCAUCCAUUGUAGCAGCCAGUGCGUCGCUCUUCCCCCUUGUUGUUGUUGACGGAUAAAAAUCUGUUGUUUUUUCACGGGACGCACUUUUUUCAAACAUUCUAUUAUUAUUAUAUCCAUUUCUUUUCCUUUUUCAAAUUGCUGUUGGUCAUUUUUCCGUCUUUGAAAGAUUCACACACAUUUAAAAAACAACCAAAAUCUACUAUGCAUUUUUCUCCGUUUGAGGAAUAUGGUUUUGAUGUCCGAGUCCAAUUUCUCUUUUUGUUUGUUUAAUAUCUUAUCAGGGCAUUGACGUCAUCACGCGCACGAUUUUGUUUGUUUAUUUUGGCUUUUUUUUUAAAUUUUUAAAUCAUUUUGCUCCUCGAUUAUAUUGGUCACCACAAAGGACUCGACAGUACAAAAACCAAAAGUUUAGACAAAAAAUUAAUGUGUGUGUAUAUGUUCAGUAUUUGUUUUCAUCGACAUUUCGAAAAAUACAAACAUGUUGGCCAAAGAUUUUUAGAAUUGAUUCAAUUGCCCUCAAUUUGAUGUUACUAUAAUAUCAGUGGCGUAUUAGAAACGCACUUUAUUACUUAAAUUACUUGAUACAACUACACUACCCCAAUAAUACACAUGUAAAAUAAUCCAACAUAUAACUCAUUUUAUUUUAAUUACAAUACCUGGUAUCCAUACAUCUUUGGGACAUUCACAAAUUUGAAUAAGUGGAUCAAAAUUCAACAGCAUCAACUUCUUUUGAGAUAAUGUUGGCGGCUUCUACGAGUUCUUCCACCCGGUGGUUUAAAUCAAGCACUUUAAAUGCAGAGGACUUUAUGUUGCUCAAAGUUUUCUUGGUUGAAACUUUGAGUUCCUCUUUUUUGUAUGGUACUGGCUGUCUCUCAAACUCUUGCACAUUGACUACUCCUGGGUUGACCUCCACAGCCAACUGAUACAAACAACGUAACCAUCAAGUCCAAUGAAUCAGAUAAAAGAUUAGAUCAGACAUACCGCUGCCUUCUUUUCAAUGGCCAGUGUCUUCUCUAGGACGUCUUUGCACAUCUUGGUUCCUUGUUUUCGUUUAUAGAUGACAUC